AUGAGCCCACAAAAACCCGUGACAAAACGUAACGACCAUGAAGAUCACAAUAACCAUGGACUUCACCAGUAUCAAGACACAGACGGCCAUUUUUCUCUGGUCAGGAAUUUCCGGCUUGCUGACCUUGUUACCAUCAUGAAUGGCGUCUGCGGAUCUUUCUCGAUCUUCUCGUCGGCCAACUACCUCUUGACGAACGAUCCAGAUUACCUGUGGAGUGCGAUGGCAUUCCCGUUAGCGGGACUCAUGUUUGAUUUUCUCGACGGCAAGGUUGCUAGAUGGAGAAAGUCUACCAGUAUGCUUGGACAGGAGCUCGAUAGUUUGGCUGACCUGAUAUCUUUCGGCGUCGCCCCGUCCUUACUUGCCUUCGUCAUAGGACUUAGGACGUAUCUCGACACAGUGAUACUCACAGGCUUCAUAUGCUGCGGCCUCGCACGCCUUGCACGUUUCAACGCUACUGUCGCUCUUGUCCCAAAAAACGAGGGGGGAAAAGCGAAGUAUUUCGAAGGCCUUCCCAUUCCCUCGUCUCUUGCGUUGCUUGAAGCUGCCAAUGAGGCUCUCAAUAUCCGCACCUCCAAGAAAGAAGAAGAUUGGCAGAAUUACGUGACCCAUAUAAAUGCAACUAUCGAUAAACUUGAUCUGGAAUUCCGCUCAAUCCAUGAUGAAUUAUCUGGAAGGGAGAUGUAUGCACUGGUGAACAGGAAAGGAGACGAGAUUGCCCAAAUGGCGACGGAUUACACCCCAGUUGAAAUCGCUUUCUUCAAAGCUGUUGUGGAGCAAAUCAUGCUUGCUCCUCAUGAAUCGUAUUCCGUUUCAUCUCUCGCUGCACUAAGAGAGCUCACAGCCGCGAAACUCAGCAUGAGCAAAUCCCAAGCUGAAAUCGUGUUGGCAAGUUUCGUGUCGAAAGGUUGGCUCCUGAAAAGCGUUCGUGGGCGCUACUCUCUGUCCACUCGCUCGCUUCUGGAGCUCUUCCCUUACCUCAAAUCAACCUACCCCGAAGAAAUCCUGGAGUGCACUGUUUGCUUUGAGAUCCUAACCCGUGGGAUUGCGUGCACUACAAAAAACUGCAAGGUCCGGAUGCACUUCCAUUGUUUCACCACCUAUCGCCGUAGGCAUCAGGCUUGCCCGACUUGCACAACCGGAUGGGCUGUCGAGAAAGAAAAGUUUCUCCGAGUUGGUGAGGAAGCUGCCAGAGGUGACGAGAAACGGAGAGUAAGAGUGAGGAGCGCCGAACCGAGCGAGGAGGAGGAGGAGGAGGAGGAAGAACCACCCACUCAAGACACACUGCCGAAGAAGGCGAAACGACGUCUGACGAAGGGGAAGGCUCGUGCAGAUAGCAUGGAAGUUGAGGCUGAGGAGGAUGCAGAGGAACCCAGUCAACCUAGCCAAACUCAAGUCUCGCAAAGGAAUCGCCGAAGUUCAAGACGAUGA